UAUAUAUAAUGCUAUAUGUAUAUAUUAUUGCUAUUAUUUUCUUUUUAUCCAAUAUCGCUGCCGUCCAGAUUGAAGACCGACCCGAAUUGCCCUAAUUUCCUGUUGGAUUCUCCCCUCGUCUCUCGAGUCUCGACCUCUUCCAACGGCAGCGGCGACCGAAGGCCUACAUCCCCGGCGCCGUCGGGCCGAUCGACUGGUGGCAUCACGUUCCCUGUCCUCUUUCUCGAGCGGUCAGAGAUACUUUGUGGGAAGGAUAUAAGGAGGAGGAGGAGGAGGAGGGGAGGACGUUUGUAUAAUUAUAUAUAUAUAAAUAUUAUACGUUUUCAUUUUGCUGGCAGCUACAUUUCACCUGGUUCAUUCAAAAUGGAAGGCAAACAUUACAGUGGCAGACAGGAGGCAUAUUUUCAAGAACGACAAAUAGAUAGGGAAGAGGCAUAUUCUAAUUCCCUUAUUGAGGAUUCAGGGAAAGAUUUUCAUUUGCCAAUUGAUCACCGUCCCACAGAAAACCUUGAUACAGAAAACUUGGAACAAGCAUCUCUGGAUACACAACUCACGUCAUCUAACGUAGGUUUUAGGCUUCUGCAGAAAAUGGGAUGGAAAGGCAAGGGUCUUGGAAAAAACGAGCAAGGCAUAAUUGAGCCAAUAAAAACUGGUAUAAGGGACUCAAAAUUAGGUGUGGGGAAGCAAGAGCAAGAUGAUUUUUUUACAGCUGAAGAAAAUGUGCAACGGAGGAGACUUGAUAUUGAAUUAGAGGAGACUGAGGAACUUGUAAGGAAGCGUGAGGUCCUAGCAGAGCGUGAGCAGAAAAUUCAAACUGAGGUGAAGGAAAUAAAGAAGGUUUUCUUUUGUGAUCUUUGCAACAAGCAAUACAAAUUAGCAAUGGAAUUUGAGAGUCAUCUGAGCUCAUAUGAUCACAAUCACAGAAAGAGGUUUAAAGAAAUGAAAGAAAUGCAUGGGAGCAGCAGCCGCGAUGAGAGGCAAAAACGCGAACAAUUACGUCAAGAGAAGGAAAUGGCGAGAUUUGCCCAAAUGGCAGAUGCUCAUAAGCAACAACAGCAGCAGCAACAGGAACAGUUGGAAGUGUCAGCAGAUACUGGUGCACCAAAGAGUGCUUCCAAACUUUUGGCUCCAGAUCAGCGGCAGACAUUGAAGUUUGGCUUCUCUAGACCUGGUGUUUCCAAGAAGACUUCUACUGGCAUCGGCAAGAAACCAAAAAUAGCUGUAUCCUCAAUCUUUGGCAAUGACAGCGACGAUGAGUCAUAAUCCCCCUUCUUGAAGAUUAACCAUUCUCCAUGUACUCUUGGAAUAGGGAACUUUAAACUUCUGAUGAAUAUUGUAUUGAAACUUUUUAUUUCCUCUCAAGUUUCUGUGUAUAUUAAGAUUCUGCCAUUUAUGAUGGCUCUUAUGUUAAGCUUGUUGAAUGGUCUGAACUGUUGAUUAUCUGUAUCAGUAAACAACGAGACUACAUUUUGGGCAGAUAACAUGCUCUGAUGGUGGCUUCCUUCCAUCCAACUUACCAAUAUGAAGACUUAAACAGCUCUUCAGUA